UUCUUGAUUUGCGUUUUCAAAGAUUCUUCAUUUUUUAUUUAUUUUCUGCUCAGUUCAUCUUGUUGAAUUGCAGCUUACUAUUGAGAAGUGUGUGUUGUCAAAUUGUUUUUGGAAUCUAAUUAAAAUUUAAAAAAAAAAAAAAAACACGUUCCGCGUCCCGUUACCAUGACAACCAUCCAACUAACGACGGCAGUCGCAGGGACGAAGCUCGGAUGAACUCAAGUAUGAUUGCAUCACCGCGGCUGGGCGUCUUCAGAGAGUCGAUGCUGCGGGACCCGCUGCUGAUCAAGGCUCCGCUGGGGAGGGCCCGGUCCAGGGGCCUCACCAUCCCGGGUCCAGAUUUCACCUAUGGAGCCAGCACCAUGAUGAAAGACGGAAGUGUGGCUGAAGCUCUGUCCAGCUGGCAGCUGCAGAUUGAAGCCGAAGAGGCCGUGAUGAAGGUUCCGUGUCCGGACUUCGUGGCUCUGAACCGGGACGCGGUCCGGUCCGGUUUGGUGACGUCCAAGGAGCUGAGGCAGUACCGAAUCCAGGUGGGCGACCUUCAGGUCAAGGCCGCGGAGCAGCAGCAGUGCAGAACCUCACGGCGAGCCCAUCUGGUACCGGACAUUGUGUUCGGGAUCCGCAACAGGCCGUCCUCUCCGCUGGCCGACGUCCUGGCUCACCACUACGGCCACCGCUGGCUGGAGGAGCAGCUGAGCCGGAACCGACCUGGCAACCUGACGGCUAAACCGGGUCGAGCUGCAGAGACCAGAACCAGUCUGCUGAGGAGCGCCAGAACCGAGACGGUUGAGAAGAAACCCUUCACCCUGCCUCAGUUCUCACAGAUUCCGGCGGCGCUGGACACUUUCCGGGACUCAGCAGACCGGAAGCGGGCUGCCAGCGCUCAGCAGCAGAACCGGUGAUCCAGAGAGGACGGCCGGAUCGGGGCCAGAACCGGACCGGUUCUGAUUACUGCUAAUAAAGCAGCAAUGUUUGCUCCACAG